CUGCACGUCGUCCUUCCCCAAGCAGUUUAGCAUCAAUUAAAAAUGAUUAAGGUCUUUCUGAUUUUUGCAACUAUUACUCUCAUCGCAGUGGCAGUUCCUUUGAACGUCGGCGAUGUAUCAUCGGAACGCUACAUCACAAUAUACGACACACGAGGAAAACCGGAAGUAAUCGACCUUUCGGCGCCGCUGCCCGAAACCCUUGUCUCCACGUCAGACAUCACCCUCUACCUAUUCACCCGCAAAAACCCUUCAGAGCCAAGGCAACUGUCGUUGGACGUGAAUGCAGUUGCUUCGGCAGAUAACUUCGACAAAUCAAAGAACAAUGUCUUCAUCGUCCACGGAUGGACUCACAACAACCUGAGCGAAGUCAAUUUAGAACUUAGGGCAGCCUAUCUGCAAGUCUUGGACGUGAACGUGUUCGUGGUGGACUGGAGUGGUCCGGCAAGUAAAAGUUACAUUUCUGCUUUUACCAAUGUCCCGAAGAUAGGUCGUCUGCUCGGGGAAUUCAUUGGAGAACUUCAAAACAAUCUUGGACUUGACGCCUCUCAAUUUUUACUCGUUGGGCACAGUCUUGGGGCUCAUGUUGCUGGUUGUGCAGGUGCUGCAGCAAACGGAAACGUUGGUGUCAUCGUCGGGCUUGAUCCAGCCGGUCCUGGAUUUUUGAGUUCAGUUACAAAUAACAGACUGGACCCUACCGAUGCGCAGUUCGUCCAAGCCAUUCAUACUCAUACGGCACUGUUUGGUUAUUCGAGAAAUCUGGGAACGGUCGAUAUUAGACCAAAUGGAGGUAGAUCACAACCCGGAUGCGAUUCUGAAAUCUGGUGCUCUCACUUACGUUCCUAUCAACUUCUUGCGGAGUCAAUUACCUCUGGAGGAUUUUCCGCAUGGGUUUGUGAAAACUAUAGUAAUUUCAUCAAUGGAAUGUGCUAUUCCAAUGCCAGAACCGCUCUUGGGGGUGCCAAUAUUGACGUGAGCUCCAGUGGUGAGUUUUUCCUGGUAACCAACUCGGAAAGUCCAUACUCACGAGGUUAAAAUUAGUAUUCCUUGAAUUUUAUUUGUACUAGAAAUGUGCAUUGGUACAAUAAAUUAUCGAUAAGAAAACCU